AUGGGAUUAGAGCUCUCAAAACUCGAUCGAGUUGAAGCUUGGCCGGUCGAGUUGAGGAACUCGACCGGUUGGUCGAGUAGACGGUCGAGCUGGUCUUCAAGAUGGCUUCUCCCUUCUUCCUUUGCGUAUCCAGUUGAGCUGCGUCCAUGUGCCAAGUCCCUCCAUGCUCCUUACGUCCCAUAUGCUCCAGAAUGCUCCAAAAGACCUAUUUCAAAGGACCAAACAUGCAUAUCCAUCACAACUCAAGUCAAUAACGAAGUCUUCACAAACCAACCUGAAGAACCGGAUACGCCGGAACCAACAUGGGAGGAUUAUCUUGGACACCAGAACGUAUCACCCACGUACUGGACAAGGAAACUCAACGAGAUCGCUGGAUACACAUCAUCAAUGGAGCAUGGAGAAGGAAGCAUACCUCAAGAUCAAGGAGAAGCUAAUGCGAUAUGGUGUACAAUGUAUGGAGAACAAGAUGCACCAAACUCGGUGGCAGGCAAUGAAUAUCAAAUACCGGAUCUUAACCAAACCACGGAGGAAGGUACCGGAGAGAAUGAAUGGCCACAAGAUGAUGAAGGUCUUAACUUAGCAAGAAGGUGGGAUGAGAUAAUCGCCACAGAAUUGGAGAAUCUCAGAACAGAGGGUAAUGGCCUAGAGCAAAUGGUGUCACGCCAAAGGGGAAGGCCUCCCAGAAGACUCGCGAGGAUGAGAGUCCCAGCACCGUCUCAAGUCACGCUACCAUGCGAUCAAUGUGGAAGGACGGGACAUCAUAGCAGAGCAUGUCCCAAUGUGCGAGCUAGAUCAAGGAUGAAUGAAAGGCAGAACAUUUGCCUUACUUGUGGAGAGAAAGGACAUUUCUCAGCAGACUGUCCAAGGAACUGCCCCAGUACUAGUCAACCCACCCGCUCAACCACAAGGAGAGAGAGGCGACCAGGGAGUGGAAGCCGUAGAAUGUAA